AUGGCGAUCCAUAUCCUUAUGUAUGUCACAUUGAUGUUGAUGACAGUCCCAACUGAUAUCACUGCCAAGACUAUCGUCUUUUACCCGCCACCACUAACCAGUUACCUCGUCUAUCAGACCAACGUUGCCGGAGCCUUAGCCAGACUUGGUCACGAUGUGUGGAUCUGUGUGCCUAAGUCUCUCAUGUCCAAAGACCUGGUGCAGGAUACCGGUGUCAAAGUGCUCACGUACGGGGACUACCUUGGCGAUAUCGUAAGGAAGGUUUAUGAAAACACAAGGGUCGCUGAUCAAUUCUGGGCAAACGAAACUGCCUUUUCACUAGCAAUUUGGCUUGACGUGUGUGCAGAAUUUAACAAAAUAGCAGAUGUCGUUCUUGCUGACAAAUCGUUUAUAGAAGUGAGGAGUCUAAAGCCUGACUUAAUUGUGCUUGAAUCCAUAAUAUUCAAUCUGAACAUGGUGGUGCUUCCGUAUAGUUUGGGCGUUCCAUUUGCACUAAUUGGUACUUUUCAUGAGGCCGUACUCUCAAAGGUCCCGUUUAGUCCUGCAUCAACUCCGUAUCCUUUAUUAGACUUCAGUGAUAGGAUGACAUUCUUUCAGAGAAUCCAGAUGACACUGUUUUGUCUCGUGCGCAUGAACUUUGAGUUGUUCUACGACAGCAGUCUGGUUGCCAAGUUUGCUACACACAAGCCGUACAAGACCAUCAGUGAACUGGUGACAGAAGCUGAAAUUUUCAUUGCUGAAGUUGACCACAUACUGGACUAUCCACGGACUGUACUACCAAAUACAAAACUGAUUGGGGGAUCUUCUUCAUCGCCAGCGAAACCUUUAACUAGGGAAUUCAGAAAAUUCGUGGAUGAAUCUGAAAAUGGUAUCAUCGUUAUGUCUUUUGGCAGUUCUGUUGCCAAUGUGCCUUCUUACAUCGUAUCGAAAAUAGCUUCUGCUUUCAGGCAACUCGAUCUUAGAGUCGUUUGGAAUAUUGACGAGGUUUCCCCUGACCCCAAAAAAAUCCUGACAUCUAAGUGGAUACCACAAAACGAUCUUUUGGGACACGAGAAAACCAAACUGUUUGUUUCCCACUGUGGAAAGAAUGGUCAGUACGAAGCGCUCUACCACGGAGUACCUAUUCUCUGUCUGCCCAUAUAUGGAGAUCAGCCUUACAACUCAGAAAGAGUUGUCGUUAAACAGUUUGGUCUUCGUGCCGACAUGCGACAGGCUAGCGCAGACGAGCUGGCGGCAAUGAUGGAAGAAAUAAUUUUCAAUAAAACAUACACCGAAAACAUAAAGAAAGCUUCUCGCCUUUACCGAGAAUUGUAUAAAGACCCAAAACAGGAAGCUGCUUACUGGCUGGACCACGUAGUUAAGUAUGGCGGGGAAUAUAUGAGAUCACCAGGACAGCAGAUGCCGUGGUAUCAACUUUUGGUGUUAGAUAUUAUUGCAUUUCUUGUGGUUGUUGUUACUGCCAUUUCCCUGACGACAUAUUUGUUCCUAAAGUGGUGCUAUCGUGCAUUUAGAUGUGGUCAACAAAAUGUCAAACGGAAACGAGAAUAA